AUGGUCAACCCCACGGUGUAUUUCGACAUUGCAGUCGACGGCGAACCCCUGGGGCGCGUCACUUUCGAGCUGUUUGCAGAUAAAGUUCCAAAGACAGCAGAAAACUUUCGUGCACUGAGCACUGGGGAGAAAGGAUUUGGUUACAAAGGUUCCUGCUUUCACAGAAUUAUUCCUGGGUUUAUGUGCCAGGGUGGUGAUUUCACACGCCAUAAUGGCACUGGUGGCAAGUCUAUCUACGGGGAGAAAUUUGAUGAUGAGAACUUCAUCCUGAAGCAUACAGGUCCUGGCAUCCUGUCCAUGGCAAAUGCUGGACCUAAUACAAAUGGUUCUCAGUUUUUUAUCUGCACUGCUAAGACUGAAUGGUUGGAUGGCAAGCAUGUAGUGUUUGGCAAGGUGAAAGAAGGCAUGAACAUUGUGGAAGCCAUGGAGCGUUUUGGGUCCAGGAAUGGAAAGACCAGCAAGAAGAUCACUAUUGCUGACUGUGGACAACUCUAAUAAAUUUGAUCUAUAUUUCAUGUUUUAUUUUAACCAUCAAACCAUUCCUUCUGUAGCUUGAGAGAUCACCCUUCUACCCCCAGUGUGCUUGCAAUA